UAGCUUUAGUUACUGGCAGCUAUUCCCGUUGUAUGGUUGUGUAUAUACAAUCGUUGUAUCGUCGAACGUGUUUUGUGUUUCAUUUUUCCGUUGUCAUUUUUCGUAUUUGAAAGCACACACACACACACACACUUUGCAUCAUCAAAGGCGCUUCUCAUCCGUUUUGUACACGACGAGUGAGAGUGAGAGACGAACUUCAUUUGUUCCCAAAACACUUUACAGUUAGUGUGAAUUUAUCCGAAUAUCGGACAGCGUUUGGUCAAUUACUAAAUUAUGAAUUUAUAAGUGAGCUACCGUUUUGAAUUCACGUAGCGAAAGAAAAACACACACGUUCAACACACUUUUUCUUGAACAACAUUGCUUUGCAAAUUAAUCGCAUUUUUGUGCGCGAUUUUCGAGUGUUUUAUUUUACAACAAAAAAGAUUUGACGAUUAAAAAAAUAUGCAGAGAGAUUUUUCUCAUCGGUAUUGUUUCAUGUGUGUAGCUUAAAUGAAAUUUUUGGUUGUUUUUUCUUGAAAAUUGGCGAAUGAAAUGAGAGUGAAUGCGAUAUGAAAAUCAAUGGAUCAAGUAAAUUUUGACCAGUUAAAUCGUGUGUGAAACGUAAAUUACAAUAUUUGUGCGGAUUUAAACUGAGUUCCUGUGCUGAAUACCAACCAAAAGCACCUGCUCUAUAUUCAAAUGCACACACCAUCCUGUCAAUCUGAGGCUGAUCGUCCAUUACAAUACAUUGGAUCAUAUCCGACACUCAUCACAGCCCAACACUACAGCCGUCGCCACAGCCACCACCACCAGCAAAAAUAGUGUGAAGCCACGGAAUUCUGUUAUAGCCUGUGGCCACAGAGAGAGAGGGAGAAAGAGCGUAAAGUGCGCAAAUUAACAGCAAAAACCAAGUGAAAUAUAAAAUUUUUUCUUCAUAAAUACAAACAUAAAAUUAUAGAGUGCAAAAAUACAGGCAAUUUUAACUCAUUUUGCAAAAUAAUAAAUUGAGCUGGAAAAUUAACCGCAAUAAAAGCGAAGCGAAAAAAAAUCGUAAGAAUUUAAACAUCGAAAAGUGAAAAAACCAAAACAAAACGAAUAUUUUAAAGAGAAAAAAAAAGUAAAACUAGUGUUGGUAUAAAAGAUCAAUUGGCACCGUUUUGUGUUCGAGAGAUAUUGAAAAAAAAAAAUACGACGUUGUAUACAAAAUGUUGACUUCACCGAAUAACGCGAGCAAUCAGUACAUCAGACCGGAUUAUUUAUCAUCAAUACCAGCAACGGUAAGUUUUUUGGACGCAAAAAAUAGUCCAUUGGCAUUAUUGGCACAGACUUGCAGCGCAAUUGGCACCGACGCACCCAAUCCAAAGCUCAUUGCAAACAUGGAAAAGAGUGGAAAAAAUUUGCAAAAAUCCGAUAGCCGCGAUAAGUCGUCACCGGGCAGUCAAUCGUCAUCAUUGUCGAACAGUUCAAGUGAAUCACAUCCCAAGUCUAGUUUCAAACCGUACGAGCCAUCGUUUAGGGAUCGUUCGGUCACAACGCCUGAAGAUUAUCGAUUAACACAAUCGAUCACCAAUAAUCAUCGCAUCAAAACACCAAAACAAAUGCAUUUGACACAUUCGUUGCAAUCGAAUGGACGAUGUGAAUCAAACCAUAGUGCUGCAUCGCCACGUUCAUCACCGGCCACCAGCAGUUCACGUAAAUCAUCGUUGCAACAACAGCAACAGCAGCAACCGAUAAAUUUGGAAAAAAGUGCUAGUCCAUCAGCAUCCGCGGUCACGAAUCAUCGUGCCUCGGUCACAUCGAAAGAAUCGAGCAGUGCAGCAUCGCGUUCCGCUCAGGAGAGUCCAUUGUAUAGUGCAUCAAAAUUAGCUGAAGCAACCAAAGAAUCGUCGGUAUUGUAUCCGAAGACGAGCACAUCAUUGACAUCGGCCAGCACAGCACCAACAUCGGUGCCACAAUUUUUCAGUGCAUACGGUCCGGGUUUACCGUAUCCAAUGGAUUUGAUGGCGGCCAGUGCAUUAAUGUCACCACAUCAUGCAAUGCUCAAAGCUGCCUCCAUGAAUCCGUACUUGAACUAUGCCAAUCGCAUGAAAAUGUCCGGUGCAAAUGGCACUGAAACACUCGGUUGUCGCGAUCCAUUCUGUACUGGUUGCUCACUGAAUCCACAUCCAAUCGGUAAAUGCCCCACCGGCUGCACACAAUGCGAACCAUCGGCGGCUACAACCGCUGCCGCUGCUGCCUCAAAAUCAUCAUAUGCCCAUCAAAUGUCACAGGCAUUCGCCCAUGCACAAUUGGCAGCAUUGGCUGCUGCUUCUCAGAUGCCAUACAUUUGCAAUUGGAUUGCUGGCGAUGCAGCCUAUUGUGGAAAACGAUUUUCAACAUCCGAUGACUUGUUGCAACAUUUGCGAACACACACCGCAUCGAUGCCCGAAUCAAUGCUGCGAUCACAUACUGAGUCGAUGCUUAAUCCGGCAACAGCUGGACUACCACCGACACAUCCGUUACUUCAGCGCACCUAUCCAACGCCACCAUUGAGCCCAUUGUCGGGCAGUCGGUAUCAUCCAUACAGCAAACCAUCUGUGCUAUCUCCGAGCUUGCAUCCAUCGUUAGCCGGUUUACCGUUGCCACAUCCAUCGCUAGCUCCCUAUUUUUCACCAUACUCACUGUAUGGACGAUUGGGCACAUCGCCUGGCAUGCAUCCAUAGUUGCGCGCCAACAAUUUAAGUAACCAAAAUAAUUAAAGAAAAGAAAAGAAAAAAAAAACAAACAACAAUCUCUCGUUCUAUUUGUCAUUUUUUUUUUAUAUUUCAGUUUUUCUUUGAAGAAGACAACAACAACACAUAAAUUAUGUCUAUAAACGCUUAAAUAACUUUUUUUUAGACAGAGAGACAAUGUAAUUCUAUUAUAUUAAUGUAAUUCGUGAUUAUUGCUAAUAAUAAUGAUGAUGAUAAUUGACAGAUUUCGAAAAUUAAUUGUAAAAUGUUGUAAAUUUUAACAAAUAAUCAUUUUUUGAUGCGAAGAUGGAGCAAAUGAGAGAAAAAAAUUGAGAAAAAGAAAAAAAAAAUUUAAUAAGCAAGUUAAUGUGACAUCUAGUAAUAUCUUCGUUAAAAUCGUGAUAUGGAACUGAAUAUUAAAAAAAAAACAAAACACAGACACACAAACACACACAUAAAAUGGAAAUCUAUAUUUAAACGAUAGAAAUUAUUGCAAUUUGCUGUAAAAACAACUAAUUGAUUGUAAAACGACGUGUGCGAUAGAUUAUAGAAAGAGAAAAUUGUAUGCCAGACGUG